GGCAGACAGACAGUUCCUUCGCCUGGUAGAAGUGCUAAUACAAUCUACCGAGACAGACUACUCUGUCUGGUUUUUGUGUGUCUGUAUUGUAAUAUAUCUUUAAAAGUAUUGCCGGAUCCUGAGGAUUUCAAUCGAAGGAUGUCAAAGCGAGUGCGAAGCAGAGAGGUCUGCGCUGAUUGCAGCGCUCCGGAGCCACGCUGGGCCUCUGUUAACAGGGGUGUGUUGAUCUGCGAUGAGUGCUGCAGCAUCCAUCGAGGUCUUGGGCGACACAGCUCUCAAGUCCGACAUCUGACUCAUUCUCCAUGGCCACCGUCUCAGCUCCAGAUGGUCCAAACAUUGUAUGGUAAUGGAGCAAAUUCCAUUUGGGAACAUAGUCUUCUGGAUCCUUCCUCUUCAGUGAGUGGGAAACGCAAAGCCAACCCACAGGACAGAGUUCAUCCCAGCAAGACAGAAUUCAUCAAGGCAAAGUAUCAGAUGUUGGCGUAUGUCCAUCGGAUGCCCUGUCGGGAGGAUGAUAGUGUAACCGCGAAAGACCUCAGCAAGCAACUUCAUUCCAGUGUUCGGACAGGGAACCUGGAGACCUGCCUCAGACUCCUGUCUUUAGGAGCACAGGCCAACUUCUUCCAUCCUGAGAAAGGAAACACACCACUGCACAUAGCAGCAAAAGCAGGUCAAGUGCUGCAAGCAGAGCUGUUGGCAGUUUAUGGAGCUGAUCCUGGAGCUCUGGACUCCAGUGGAAAGACUCCUAUUGAUUAUGCAAGACAAGCUGGUCACCAGGAGCUGGCAGAAAGGCUAGUGGAGAUUCAGUAUGAACUCACUGACAGGUUAACAUUUUACCUUUGCGGUAGAAGACCUGAUCACAGAAAUGGGCAGCACUUCAUCAUUCCUCAGAUGGCAGAUAGAAAUAACAGUCUGGAUUUGUCAGAGUUUGCAAAGGCUGCAAAGAAGAAACUGCAGUCGUUAAGUAACCAUCAGUUUGAAGAACUUGCUAUGGAUGUUUAUGAUGAAGUGGACAGAAGGGAAACAGACGCAGUCUGGUUGGCCACUCAGAACCACAGCACACUUGUGACAGAUACCACAGUUGUGCCGUUUCUGCCUGUUAAUCCUGAGUACUCCUCUACCAGAAACCAGGGUCGGCAAAAACUGGCAAGGUUUAGUGCCCACGAAUUUGCCACCCUGGUUAUCGAUAUUUUAACCGAUGCAAAGCGACGGCAGUGGGGUAAUUCCUGCGAGAGUCCAAAAGAGAAUGUAGAGCUGAUCCUUCAAGGAAUAGACAGUCGCCAUAACAGUGAGAGCCAGGACAACGACCAGCCAGAUUACGACAGUGUGGCAUCAGAUGAAGAUCCAGCACAAGAGGCCAUAUGUGGGGACAGCUGCAAUGAUGGAAGGACCAAGAGCUCAGAGUCUUCUGACCUGUCGGAUGGACCAAUCACAGUACAGGAGUUUAUGGAGGUGAAGAGUGCCCUAACUGCAUCAGAAGCCAAAAUACAGCAGCUUCUCAAAGUCAACUGUCAUCUGAGUGAAGAGCUGCGCUUGAUGCAGAGCAAGCUGAGCUCCCUGCAGACUGAAAACACAACACUGCGAUGGCAAACCCCCAGCGGACAGCAGCACCCCCAGGGGCCCUUUGGUCGACAUCCAACACGUGGAGGUCGCGCUAUGUCCAUGUAUGAGACAGGCUCUACUCCAAGGCAGUUCUCCCACAGAGUGGAAACAGUUCGCCAUGACGACGGAGUCGUUUUACAACCCUUCCCUACCAAUAUUGGUAGGGGUCCUUUGGGGACAGCUGCCUCCUCCCUCCCUACCUUCCCCUCUCCCCUGUCCUGGUCGUUGGAUGAGAGAUCUCGAAGGGGCUGCAGUCUGGGAGGGCAGAGUACAAUGCUGGAGAAUGACUAUGACACUACACCCAACCACUCUGAACUGGAGGAAACUGGAAGCCCUCUCACAACCUCUAAAGCAGCAGAACCCGCAGAGGAAGGUGAAGAAGACGCCACCCUGCCGUGCACUGAGGAUGUCAUUUGUAAGACAGAGCAAAUCACUAAGAACAUACAGGAGCUUCUGAGAGCUGCCCAGGAGACCAAACAUGAAAGCUUUCUGCCUUGCUCUGAAAAGAUCUGCAUGGCUGUGACAGAGAUGGCCGCCCUGUUUCCCAAGAGGCCGUCCUCUGAGACGGUACGAAGUUCUCUCUAUCUGCUGACCUCCAGUGCCAGCCGGCUCCAUGGAGAGUGUCAAAAGGCUGCAGGGCACAAUCCUUGCCCACCAGACAUCCAGCUGGUCACUCAGCAGGUCAUUCAGUGCGCCUAUGACAUUGCCAAAGCUGCCAAGCAACUGGUUACUGUGACAACCAAAGAAAACAACAACUAACUAAAACCAAAGACAUUUCUUAUGCAUCCAGUGUACAAUUUCUCCAUUAUACUGCAACCUUUUGCAUUUUAAUGAGUGUUUGAUAGGUUUGUUUCCUGACCGUAAUUAGUUGAAGUAUUCACAUACAUUCCUUGGCAGUGGGAAAAUCUUUAAAAAAGAAAAUGCCAUGAAAAAAUAUGGAUCAAUCAAAAGUUUUUCUUCUGCGUUUUGGUCUCAUAAGCCAUGCAGAUAUGAACAGAAAUGUACUGAAAAAUGUAAGGAGAAAUUCUGUUACUAUUUUUACCUCAUAAAUUUAAAACCACUUAAUUUCCAAAAGUGUGUGUCUAUA